AUGGAGUCUAAGUUACUCCGAGGCACCAUGCCCGACAACCAGCUCGGAGUUCACCCUGACAUCUUCAGAGUCGAUUCCAAGUUCGAGCCCGACUGUCAGCCUGACACCGAGUUCAAGCCUACCUUCCAUAACAAGAAUGAAGACACAACAUAUUCCACCUUCCACCCAGACUCAUACAAGGAUGUCCAGCCAAUAUACGUCAGUACAACAAACUACGUGGGCGGCUUGUACCAAAGCAUCGCCGGUGAGCCGUACCCUAUCUACGAUUCAACCGUAGAUUUCAGAAUGGACUUCUUCGCUCUCAACCACCACACCUACCUCUAUGCAUGUGACGAGGGCACAUACCGCAUCGACAUCCCGUACUCCAACGACGCCGUCUACCUUUGGAUUGGAGCCAAGGCGUACGCCGGAUGGACCGAUGAGAACGCAGAUGCCAAGGCCCGCUAUGAUCAGCCCGAUCACAUUGCAGGCUCUGCUACCUUCGAAUUCACCAUUCCUGCUGGCACUUACGUGCCACUGCGCUUCUUCUAUGGCCAGGCGCAGUACGGCGGCGGCUUCUACUUCAACGUUACGGCCCCGUCUGGUCAGGUUCUCGUCAGCAACGAGGCGACCUCGAGCCCGUACGUUGUUCGGAACUCGUGCGAUGGUGUCAUUGCACCUCCGUACCCGCCAUUUGGUAGCGAAAUCUAA